AUGAAGACUGUCGCCGUCAUCAUCUCGGCCCUGGCCGCCGGCGCUCACGCCUGGACAUACCCCGACUGUGAGCAAGACGGCUGCUACCGCAACCUCAUUGACAAGCGCUACGCCCAUGAGGCUCCCGCCUUUUGCAUCGGCUGGAUCGACGGCACCACCACCGACGCGGCUGCCAUUCCCACCCAGUACCGCAACUGCCCCGGCGUCUCGGCGCUCUCGUCGGCCUGCUCGUGCGUCGCUUACACGGCCACCCACACCAGCAGUACCUCUACUGCCGUCACCACGACCAGCACUCCUCCCCCGGUGACGACCAGCACUCCUCCCCCGGUGACGACCAGCACUCACCCUCCGACAACCACCACCACUCAGCCCCCGGUGACCAGCAGCUCGACUACCGAUUGCACCACCGAGACUGAGACCUCGACUUCGUCCCAGGUGACUAGCAGCUCGACCACCGAUUGCACCACGGACACUGAGACCUCGACUCCUCCUCCUGUGAGCACCACCUCUGCGGUCACCACCUCUACUCCGGCCACCACCUCUACUCCUCCGGCCACCACCUCUACUCCUCCGGCCACCACCUCAUCCGCUUCUCACGUCACGACCAGCAGCAGCACCCAGGUCACCACGCAGCCGCCCACGACCAGCUGGACCACGUCGACCUUCUACACGACAUCCACGCACACCAUCACCAAGUGUGAGCCUACCGUGACCAACUGCCCGGCGUCGUCGACCAUCACCGUCACGUCGACCAUCCCCGUGUCCACCACCGUGUGCCCCGUUACCAGCACCGAGGUGCCCACCACGCAAUCCUCGGUGCCCACGACCAAGUCGUCCAGCACGGAGCUGCCCACCACCCAUUCCUCGAGCACCUCGGUCCCAACCAGCAGCCAGCCAACCUCCUCUGUUGACACCACCAAGACGGCCAUCACCACACAGCCGCCUGCCACCUCCAGCACCACCCAGUGGACCACUUCUACCGUCUACACUACUUCUACGCAGACCAUUACCAAGUGUGAGCCCACUGUCACUAACUGCCCGGCCUCGUCGACCGUCGUUGUUACCUCGACCAUCUCCGUCUCGACUACCGUCUGCCCUGUGACCAGCACUGAGGCUCCAUCUUCCAGCAGCACUCAGGCGCCGCCUUCCAGCAGUACUGUGGUGCCUCCCUCCAGCAGCGUCCCGGCCUCGUCGACCGGCAUUGCUACCACUACCGCUCCCGCCCCUUCCACCACCCAGUGGACCACUUCUACCGUAUACACCACUUCUACGCAGACCAUCACCAAGUGCGAGCCAACAGUGACCAACUGCCCGGCCUCGUCGACUGUUGUCGUCACCUCAACCAUCUCUCUCUCGACCACCGUUUGUCCUGUGACUAGCACCGAGGUUCCUCCUUCUAAGUCCUCGACCCGGGCCGUUCCUCCUGCAUCGUCGACUCAGGCUCCUCCUCCUCCUGGCACUUCUACCCAGGCUCCUCCUCCUCCUGGCUCUUCCAGCCAGGCUCCUCCUCCUCCUGGCUCUUCCAGCCAGGCUCCUCCUCCUCCUGGCUCUUCCAGCCAGGCUCCUCCUCCUCCUGGCUCUUCCAGCCAGGCUCCUCCUCCUCCUGGCUCUUCCAGCCAGGCUCCUCCUCCUCCUGGCUCUUCCAGCCAGGCUCCUCCUCCUCCUGGCUCUUCCAGCCAGGCUCCUCCUCCUCCUGGCUCUUCUACCCAGGCUCCUCCUCCUCCUGGCACUUCUACCCAGGCUCCUCCUCCUCCUGGCUCUUCCACCCACGUCCCUCCUCCCCCCGGCUCUUCUAGCCAGGCUCCCCCUCCCCCUGGCUCCUCCACCCACGUCCCUCCUCCCCCCGGCUCCUCCGGUUGCCCUCCCGGCCAGACCACCGGCCCCAACGGCGGCUGCGUCGCCCCUCCCUCCACCCACGCACCUCCUCCUGGCACCACCCAGCCUCCUGCCAUCACCACCAGCACCCGUCCUCCCACGGUCCCUAGCACCGCGCCUCCCGUGGUUACUGCCGCUGCUGGCCGCUUCGGUGUCGAGGCUGCCGUGGUUGCCGUCGGUGUUGUCGCCGCUCUCUUCUAA